UGUUUUACUUGCAUACACGAAAAGUGUAAAGUGUACACCUUACACUUUUAAUACACUACACUUUUUGGAAGUGGGGGAAACAUCGUGUAAAGUGUAUGCUUUUCAAGAAGAACGCCAGAGUGUAACAGAAGUGUACUACAGCCAUUUGUGCAUGGUGUUUGUUUGAAGUUUUAAGUACAAAAAAGAGUAAAAAUUAUUUAGUUUUUUAGAAGUUAUUAACUGUGUACUGGUACAAUUGGAAAAUGAAUAGAAUAAAUGCAGAAAUUCUUGGUCAUAUUUUGGAAUCUGAUUUGUCAUCCGAUGAAGAAGAGUAUGAUGAAGAGGUUAUUCCUGAACCACCUGUUUUAUUUGCUGCAAAUAUUGAUGGAGACGUUGAGCAAAUAUUAGAACCAGUAUUAGGAGUUGUUCAAAGAGUACAUCGCGUAAAAAUUCUAAAUUAUAUUGAGAAUGUUGUACAUUCAUACGUUGACAGUGAUUUNAUAAUGCACUUUCGCUUAUCGCGAGAUUUGACUAAUGAGUUAAUCGGUCGUUUUGCAGCAUCUCCAAUCUUUUUGGCAUUACAAGGUUUAUUAUCUUAAUUGAGUUCCAUAUGCAUAUUAUUUAUAAAUAUGUAUUUUUGUCGCAUUAUUUUUAGAAUAUAAUAUCUUUGUAUUUAUCUAUAUGUAUGUUAUUACAGCUCAUGCNGGAUAUGAACCUAUUUCUCCAGAGAAACAUAUUAUAAGUUUUCUUUGGUAUGUUGGACAUGAAAGUGCUGGCUAUCGAGAUGUGGCAGAUAGAUUUGGGAUCACCAUAAGUACGAUGUGUAUAAUGUUAUAUCC